AUGAAGUUCCUCGCCCUCGCUGUGCCCGCUACCCUUGUCAUGGGUGUGGUGGCGAUGCCGACUCCUUCCACAAGCAAAGCGGCGCGUCUUUCAGGCGAGAACCUCCUCGACGGACUAGCCAAGGAUGGUGGACUCUCUGGGUUCUUGUCUGGCGUGCACCUCCCCUUCUUGAAUCCUAGUCCGAAGAAGGAUAGUGAGGAUCCCAGUGAUGAGGAUCCUGAUGAUGUUCCGGCUGGUGAUGAUAAGGGACCUGGUGCUGAUGAUGGUAAUAACGGGGAUGGUCCUGCUGAUCCGAUGUACGGGUCUGAGGAUUCGGCGGGUGUAGGGGCUGGAAUGCAGGAUGGGGCUGAGAAGUAG